AAAACUCAAAUUCAACACGUUUGUCAUCUCAAAAAUCAGCAGCGUCAGUACGACUUCCGAAAAUGGAGUUGCCUCAAUUCUCAGGAAAAAUUGAGACCUGGACCUCAUUCUUUAACGUUUUUAACGUCACAGUGCACUCUCUGCCGGAAUUAUCAUCAGUACAAAAUUUCCAGUACCUCAUAAGCUCACUUCGCGGUGAAGCCCUUGAUCUUGUAAAAGGACUUAACAUCAAAGAACAAAAUUACGAUGUUGCUCAUGAACUCUUAUGUAAAAGGUACCAGUGCGAGAGACGACACGUUGUCCAUCACUUACAUGGACUUUUGGAUUUGCCUGAAAUUUCCAAAACAGAGCAUAUUCCAACCUUUCUUACGCAAUACCGCAAGCAUACUCAAGCGCUUGAAGGUCUAGGGUACAAAGAAGAAAAUCCUCAUCUCCUCGUUGCGGCGUUAUUACGCAAAAUGAAUCACUAUUUCAAAAAGCGAUUUGAAGAUUAUCGAGGCAAGGAUGCCAAGUUUCCUAAUAUUGAUGAACUUAUUAAUUUUCUUGAAAAGGAAACUCUUUUGGUUGAAGAACUUUCUUCCUCAAAUCCGAAACCCAAGGCUCAACAGAAAAAUGCUCGAGCUCUAGUAGGAACUAGAGAAAAUUCUGACUCGAAUGAACGAAAUCAGAAAAAAUCUAAUAAAAAGAGUAGUUUGAAAAAACCAAACAACUCAUCUAAAUCAAACAAUUGGACCGAUCCAUGCCCACUUUGUAAAGAACCUCAUCCAGUUUUCAAAUGUGAAGCGUUUUUACAAAAAUCGGUCCGAGAGCGCUCUUCAAUAGCGCAGCAGCACAGACUCUGCAAAAAUUGUCUGCGUUCGCACCCCGUCGACCAGUGCAAUUCUACAUGGACUUGUCGAGUAUGCCUUAAAGCUCAUAAUACAUUGCUCCAUACUGAAAGUUCAGAUGCCAAAAACGAUGAUUCCACUAAACCAGCGACAGUUGUGGCAACAACCGUUGCAGACGCGAUCCCUGCUCGUACUACUGUGCUACUAGCCACGGUUAAGACUCGAAUCUCAGGUCAUUCGAAUCGCAGUAUCAUGGUCCGCGGAAUUCUGGACUCCGGUGCUCAAAGAACGAUAAUCACAACGCAACUUUCUCAGAAGCUGCAUCUCAAGUGCUAUCCUAAAAGCUCCCCUUUGAGCGGCAUUUCAGAUGUACCAGUGAAUGUACGCGGGAGCACCAAAAUAAAUGUCUUGACAUCUGAAAACAUUCUUGUGACACAGAAUCACUCCGUAGAUGUUCUUGAUACUAUUACAGCUCCACUUCCGUCACACCCUGUUUCCAGUGAGCUGCGUACUUACGCGCGCAAUUUCAAAUUGGCGGAUCCUGAGUUUUACGUCAAAGGCCCAAUCGACAUUCUGUUUGGCGCUGAUUUAAUGCCAACCCUAAUUUCUGGGACACCGAUUUCUCUUGGCCCUAACAUGCCAAUGGCCCUGCCUACAGUCUUCGGAGACGCGCUUUUAGGUCCAACUCUUGAUCAAAGUCAUGACUCAUCGGUCUCUUUGUUAACAAGCACGGUUCCUUCUAUUCAGGAAACAAUGGAGCGCUUCUGGCGGUCAGAAGAGCCACCUCAAGCUCAAAAGUUGAGCCCUGCAGAGCUCGCUUGUGAGAAACACUAUCAAGAAACGCACACCCGGCUGGAAAAUGGUCGUUAUAGUGUGCGCCUGCCAUUCAAAAAUGGAAGUCCUAAUUUGGGUAAAUCACACCCUCAGGCUUUAAGAAGAUUUUAUGCCCUAGAGAAAAAGCUCAAUUCAAAUCCAAAGCUCAAAGCUCUUUAUACGGAGUACAUGAGAGAAUACGAGCAACUUGGGCACAUGAAAAAGGUUGCCACGUUGAAUCAUUUUGAUUUUUCGCAGCCAAAUUAUUUUUUACCUCAUCAUCCUGUACUUAAGGAUUCUAGCAGUACCACUAAGUGUCGCGUAGUCAUGGAUGCCAGUAUGAAAACUGACAACGGAGAAUCCUUGAAUUCUCAACUUUUGUGUGGCCCUAAACUGCAAAAUGAGCUUGUUUAU